UUUCUCAGCUCUGUGACUGCGAAGUGAACAGCAGUGAUCAUGAAAACCUCAUCUGACAAGAGCAUGAAGUCCCUGAAGACGUCCAGGAGAACCGGCUGCACGCGCAAACAGAGCACCAGGGCGUAUUCCGCGUACAUUUACAAGAUCGAGAAGGAGCUGUCUGAGGACGUGAGUGACGCCGUGUCUUUGAUGCGGCACCUGUCCGACGCGCAUGCGCAGAUGAGCGCCGAGGCCGCGCGACUCUCCAAGUUCAACCGGCGGCGCGUCAUCACGCAGCGAGAGCUGCACACCGCCGCGAAAAAGCUCCUGAUAGCUGAGAUUUAAAUGUUCCACUUUUAGACUUGCAAAUAAUAAAGAUGUUUCCGUUUUUAAAAA